AUGUCUUUCACCACGGCAAGGCUGGCAUCAAGAUCCAGAAUAUGUACAUCGAGCUGGGAUGGUACCCACCUGCUGAAGCUGCUUGAGCUCAUCUCUGGGGAGGUGCUGCCCCCGCCCAACCGGGGACGAAUGCGAGUGCAUUUCCUGGAAAACAACAGCCGGGCUCUAGCCUUUGUGAGGUCCAAGGUGCCAGUGCCCCUAAUUGGUCCAGAGAACAUUGUAGAUGGGGACCAGACACUCAUCCUUGGACUCAUCUGGGUCAUCAUCUUGCGUUUCCAGAUCUCUCAUAUUUCCCUGGACAAGGAGGAAUUUGGGCCCAGUGCCACUCAGCUGUCUGCUAAGGAGGCGUUGCUGGUCUGGUGCCAGCGGAAGACAGCUGGCUAUCCCAACGUGAACAUCACGGACUUCUCUCGUAGCUGGAGCGACGGGCUAGGCUUUAAUGCCCUCAUCCACGCCCACAGGCCUGACCUGAUCAGGUACAGCUCCCUGCGGCCAGAGCACCCCCUGCACAACCUGGAGAAUGCUUUUGAAGUGGCUCACAGAGAUCUGGGCAUCUCCAGGCUGCUUGACCCCGUGGACGUCGCUGUCCCACAGCCUGAGGAGCGCUCCAUCAUGACCUAUAUCUCUUUCUACUAUCACUACUUCUCCCACCUACACCAGGGACAGACGGUCCAGAAGAGAUUGGCCAAGAUCCUGCAGCAGCUGCAAGAGACAGCCAAGUUGCAGGCUCAGUAUGAGCAGCUAGUGUCCGACCUGCUGGGCUGGAUCACCGAGCGGGCGGCCCAGCUGGAGGAGCGACGUUUCCCAGACACCCUCCCAGCCAUGCGUCAGCUGCUGGCCGCCUUUGCCGCCUUCCGCAAGGAGGAGAAGCCCCCUCGGCUAGAGCAGCGAGGGGCGGCCGAAGCGCUGCUGUUCCGCCUGAGCACUGCCCUCCGCGCCCAGAACCGCCGGCCUUUCCUGCCCCGCGAGGGCCUGGGGCCGGGGGAGCUGGGCAGGCGCUGGGAAGGGCUGGAGAGGGCCGAGGCCUGUCGGGAGCAAGCGCUGCAGCAGCAGCUGCUGAGGCUGGAGAGGCUGGAGACGCUGGCCCGACGCUUCCAGCGCAAGGCGGCCCUCCGGGAGAGCUUCCUGGUGGACGUGGAGCAGGUGCUGAGCCGGCUGGGCACCCCCGUGCCCAGCUCUGCCCUGCUGAGCGCCGCCGUCCAGAAGCUGGGGUCGCUGGAGGCAGAUGUGCUGCCCCAGGAGGGCCGCUUCCAGGCCUUGGCUGAGAUAGCCUCCUUCCUGGAGCAGGAGCGUUACCAUGGCUGGGCGGAGGUGGCCCGAAGGCAGAAGGAGAUCUCUCAGCGCUGGGAGCGGCUCCUCGGAGGGCUUCAUGAAAGGAGGGAACAUCUGGCAAGCUGUCGGGUGGCAUUGGGGCUGCUUCAAGAAGUUGACGCUGCUGAUGAAGAGCUGAAGGAACUACAGGUGCUGGCAAGUUCUUCCAUCUGUGGGCAGCAUCUGGCAGAGGUGGUAGAGCUUCUGCAGAGACACGAGCUGCUGGAGGCCCGAGUCUCCUCCCACAGUGCUCCUGUGAGCCACCUUAUCCAAAGGACCACAGAGCUGAGCGCCGUUACAGGCACCCAUCUGGACGGGCUGCAGAUCCGAGCCUGGGGCUUGUCACAGGUCUACCAGAGCUUGAUGGUACUCGUCAGAGCCCGGCGGGCUCUGCUGGAGCAGGCUCUACAGCAGGCUGAGUUCCUGAACAGCUGUGAGGAAGAGGAAUCCUGGCUCCGAGAGAGGUUACAGCUAACUCAGGCGGCUUCCUUGGGCUGGGACCUGGGCCACAUCACAGCAACUCUGUGGAAAUACAAGGCCCUGGAGACUGAAGUCAGCUCCCACCAAGCGGUGUGCAUGGAAAUCACCAGGAAGGCUAAGGAGCUGAGCCCCCAGGGCCACCCAGGCCAGCCAGACCCACGGGAUCGGGCAGAGGCCAUCCAUGGUCAAUGGCGGCAUCUCCGAGACAAGAUGGCAAAGCUCCUGGCCCGUCUGCAGGCCGCUCUGCUCAUCAAGCAGUAUUUUGCAGAUGUGGGCGAGGUAGAAUCGUGGCUGCAGGAGCAGCAGUCCCUGUUGGCCAGUGAGGACUGCGGGAAGGACGGGGCUGGCGUGGCGGUCCUGCUCCAGCGUCACCAGCGACUGGAGAGAGAAGUGUGGGCCUGUGGGCUGGAGGUGAGACGGCUGGAGGAGAAAGCGCAGACUGCGGCCACCCAGGCCCCACUCAUGGUGGAGAACCAGGAAGACUGGAGUCAGAUGGAUGGUGAUGGAGCUAGGAGGUCCCAGGGCUGGCUACAGAACUCAGCAGCCUCAGCAGUGGCUAGCCAUCAGCUCUGGGUCAGGAUGCGUUUCACAUACAGAGGGGAGAACCUCACCUGGAUCCGGGGAGAAAUCCUGGAGCUGGUUGCCAAGACGAGUCCUUCCACCUGGAGGCUGAAGGACCUGGAAGGUUGCCAGGCAGAAGUGCCAAUAAGCUACGUCACCGAGCUUGAACCUCCCCAGGUGGCAUCACUGAUGAACCCCUUAUGUGAAAGACCAAAGAACCAGGGAACCAGGCAGAUGCCCGCAUGGAGAUCUGUCUGCUGGGGUACCCAGGAGAUCACUAGCCCAUUGGAGCUAGAUAUUCAUUUUUACCCUGAAACAAUCCACAAGACCCAGGACCACCUGAACCAGGAGUACCAGGGCGUACAGGCCUUGGCACAGCAUCGCAGGACCCAGCUAGAAGAAAUGUCCACCUUGUUCUGCUUCUAUGACUCUUGUGGAGAACUCCAGUCCUGGCUAGACGACCAGACAGUGUUGUUCCAGACCCUGAACCCCCAGGCUGAGAACGUGGAGGUCGACAGGAAUAAAUUUGAGAAUUUCCUCACUGCUCUGGCUGUGGGGAAAGGACACUUGGCAGAGAUCAGCAGUUCAGCAGAAAAACUGAGGCAGAGAAUUCCUGAUCACACAGCCAAGAUCCAGCAGUGGCAACAGGAACUGGGCGGGAGAUGGGAGCAGCUGGAGGCACUGAAGGAGGAGAAGGGAUCACAUCUGGCAAGCAUGGCAGAUGUGCACAGCUUCCUGCAGGAGUGUGGACCCACCCAGAACCAGCUUCAGGAUAUUAUGGUGAAGCUAGAAUCUAUGAGGCCAGUGGACUCCGUGGGCAGCUGUCGACGUUCCCUGCAGUCAACCCAGCAUGAGAUCUUGGUGCUGGAGCGCAAAAUCUGCUACCUCGUCAGUGUGGUGACCAGGAUUGAAGAGACAAGUCCUAUGGAGAGCCCAAUACUGCGGGAACGAGUAGAGACCCUACAGGCCCUGCUAAAGCAAGUGCAGGAGCGAGCUGCCCAGAUGGCUCAGGCCCAGGCCCAGGCCCAGGCAGGGCACAGCUUCCUGAGGGAGAGUCGGCAGCUGCUGCUAUGGGCAGAGGGCAUGAAGUCCCAGCUAGAUGGCAAGGAGAUGGGAGUGGACGUGGCCUCGGCCAAGCACCUUCUGGAGGAGCACAGAGGCCUGCUGGAAGAGAUCCAUGUCCAGCAAGAGAGGAUGAGACAGCUGGAGGCUCAAGGCCAGCAGCUAGCCAGCUUGGAAGCCCAGGAUUCCCAAGCGGUGGCCAAUGCACUGAAGCAGCUGGGUCAGCAGGCCCGUGGAGUGGACGCGGCAUGGGAGCGGUGCCAUCGGCGGCUGCAGCAGGGGCUGGAGCUACAGAUGUUUGUUCGGGAAGCCGACGGCUUCAGUGCUACCUGUGCCAACCAUGAAGCAUUCCUUCGACUGGACAGCCUUGGGGAGGAUGUAGGAGAUGUGCAGAAUUUGUUGCAACGACACCGGGAAUUUGACCAUCUGCUAGAGACACUGGGUCCACGCGCGGAGAGCCUGAGGUCCCACGGGGAGAGGCUGACAGAGAGCCAACAUUUUGCUACCCACAUGAUCAGAGAAAGGAUAGCAAAUAGCCAGGAUCGAUGGACCAAACUCCAAGAGAUGAGUAAACAAAGGAAGAAGCAGCUGCUGACUUCCCUCCAGUUACAGGAAUGGAGCCAGGAUGUGGCCGAGAUGAUGCUGUGGAUGGAGGAGAAAUAUUUGAUCGCUGCAGAUGAAUCAUACCGAGAGCCUGGCAUUGUUCUCCGCAAACUCAAAAGACAUGAGGCGGCUGAGAGUGAGGUCCUGGCAAACCAGCCAAGGGUUGAGCAGCUACGGCAGCUUGGAAACAAGCUUCUAGAUACCAAGCAUGAUGCCCUGGUUGACAUUCAAGCAAAGCUACGGACCCUGGAGAAAAAAUGGGAGGAGCUGAAUCACAAAAUGGCAGAACAUGGAGAUAAGCUGCGACAGGCAGGACAACAGGAGCAGCUCAUGGAGCUGCUGCAGGAAGCCAAAGAUAAAAUGGAGCAGAUGGAAUGGGGGCUGCAGAGCGCAGAGACUGGUGAAGACCUCCGCUCCAGCCGAGAGCUACAAAUGAAGCACAAGAGAUUGGAAAGUGAGAGCCAAGAGCUGGCAGAUAAGAUGAGCACCAUUGUUACCCGGGCCCGAAGUGUUGCCACCAAUCACUUUGACUCCCAGACCAUCCUGGAUGAGACACAGAAAUAUCUCCAAAGGUUUCAGGCUCUUCAGGGGCCGCUGGCAGCACGCGGGCAGCAGCUGCAGGCUUCGGUGGAGCUUCAUCAAUUCUACCACCUGCAAGGUCUGGAAAUCAGCUGGGUGAAGGAGCGCAUGCCCGGUGCCAGCUCUGCCACCUGCGGCAGGUCCCUGGAUGCAGCCCAGAGGCUUCUGUACAAGCACAAGGAGCUUCAGGCAGAGGUGAAGGCUCACCAGGUCCAAAUGCAGAAGGUGCUGGGAUCUGGGCAGAGCAUGGCAGCCUGCGGGCACCCUUCUGCACAGGACAUCACGGAACGGUGCCAGAAGCUGGAGAGUUGCUGGCUAGAGCUAAACGAGGCCUGCGAGGGGCGGGCCAGGCGGCUACAGCGCUCUAUUGCCUUCCAUCAGUACUUGCUCGACGUAUCAGACUUGGAAGGCUGGUUGGGCGAGAAGCGGCCGUUAGUGAACAGUCAAGACUAUGGCAAGGACCAGUUGGCCACCAUCACCCUCAUCAAGAAACAUAAGGUCCUAGAACAGGAGCUAGCCCUCUAUGGGAGCUUUGUAGCCGAACUCGUCCAGACGGCACAAACCCUCACGAGCCCCGGGUCCCCUAAUGAGAUCCCCGUGCCUCCUGGAAGGCUACAAAACCAGCUUCAGGAGCUGAAGGAACUGGCAACCACAAGAGGCCAUCGGCUGGAGGAGGAGCUGAGGCUGCACGAGUUCAUCCAGGAGGCUGAGGAGCUACAGGGCUGGCUGGCCAGGCAGAAACAGGUGGCCAGUGGUGAGGACGACCCAGGAGAAGACUACACACGUGUGCUGCACCUCCGGGCCAAGUAUGAGCUGUUUCAGCACCAGGUGGAGACAGGUGGAAGGCAAGUGGCAUCCUGCCAACAGCUAGCAGAGACCCUGCUGGAGGGCCGGCACAGUGCCACCCCAGAGAUCCGCCAGAGGCAGCAGGAACUACAGUGCGCCUGGGCAGAGCUGUGGGGGCUGAUCCAAGCACAGGGCCAGUCACUCAGGGAUGCAGAGACAGUGCUCAAGAUUCACCAGGACCUCACCGAUGCCCUCGCCCACAUACAGGAGAAAGCCACAAGCCUUCCUGAUGCCGUGGCACAGGAUAGGCAUGGAGCCCAGGCUCAGCUCCGGCGGCAUGAGGAGCUAGAACACGAGCUCUCAGGCACUGAGCAGCAACUGCAGGAGCUAUUGGACGCAGCUGACAAGAUGCAGAAGCUGUGCUCAGGAGCUCAGGCGGAGGCCCUGCAGAGCCAGCAGGAAGCUGUGGUGCAGAGCUGGGAGUCGCUGAGGCUGCGGGUGGAAAGGAGCCGGGGAGAGUUGGAGAGGGCCUGCCUGCUCGCAGCCUUCCAUACCGUGGUGCAGGAGUAUUCAUCAUGGGCGACUGGAGUUCAGAGGGAGCUCCAGGCAAAGGAGAGCUCCCGGGAUGCCAGCAGCAGCCACUUGCAGCUUAAUGAGCACCAAGACGUCCGGGCCAAGCUGGAGGCCCGGGAGGAGGCGUACCAGCAGGCAGUGCAGCUAGGCCAGGGGCUGCUCCUAGAGGAGGGAGCCCCUACUGAGGAGAUCCAGGAGAGGCUAGGAGCCCUCCGGGAAGAGCGGCUGAAGGUGUUCCAGGCUUGGGAAGGGAAGCAGGAGCAGCUGAUGACCAUGCACUUUGGACAGCUCUUUAGCAGAGACUGCGACCACUUCAAUAAGAUCCUCACUGCCCAAGAGGUCUAUCUAAAAAGCAGUACCUUGGAAAGCUCCGUGGAGGGACUGGAGAGGCUGAUCCGGAAGCAUGAAGCUUUCCAGAAGAUACUGGCCGCCCAGGAUGAGAAGGAGGCAGCCCUGCAGGAGCAGGUGAAGCAUCUCAAGGGAGCCGAGGUGCAUGAAUUACUGAAUUUGGUGCGGGAGCGACGAAGGCGAGUGAAGGAGCAGGCCCAUACCCAUGGGGAAGCCCUUCAUACCUCCUUGUUGCUGGCGAGUUUCACCAGGGACGUGGCUGAGGCAGAAGACUGGAUCCGGGAGAGGGUUCAGCAGCUGGAGGAACCAAGCCCAUGGGGUUCUGGGGAGCUGAAGGACAAACUGAAGUGCUUACAGAAACACCAGGCCUUCGAGGCAGAGGUCCAGGCCCAUGAGGAGGUUAUAACCCAGGUCACCAAGAAGGGAGAAGCUCUCCUGGCCCAGGGCCAUCCUCAGGCCAGACAGAUUCUGGAGAAACAUCAGAGGCUUCUGGAUCACUGGUGCAAGCUGAGACAGGCCGUGGUCGCCAGGGGCAGGGGCCUGGAGGACAAACGGGAUUUCUUAGAGUUUCUACAGCGUGUGGACCAAGUAGAGGCCUGGAUCAGGGAGAAGGAAGUGAUGGUGAAUGUUGGAGACUUGGGCAGAGAUUAUGAACACUGUCUACAACUCAGCAGACGGCUGAGCGAAUUCCGAGGCGCUGCCUUAUGGGAGACGGUGGAUGAUACCCACAUUAAGGCCAUUAAUGCCAUGUCCUUUCAACUCAAGAGCCGAGACCCAGAAGAAGUCAAGAUCACCUGCCAGCGACGACAUCAACUCAAUGAAAGAUGGAAUAAUUUCCAUGGCAACCUCCUCCGAUACCAACGACAGCUAGAGGGUGCCCUGGAGAUGCAUGCAGUGGUCCAGGAGCUGGACAAUAUCAUGGAGAGGAUUGGAGAGAAGAGUGUCCUGCUGCAGGCCCCCGACUAUGGAAAGGACCUGGGGGAUGUAGAGAGGCUGCUGAGGAAACACGAAGAGCUGGAUCGGGAAAUCAGUGUCAUCCAGGCCCAGAUGAAGCCACUGGAGCAGGAGGUGAGUCGUUUGUGUCAGAGCAACCCCGGGGCAGCCCAGACCCUCGUCAACAAACAGCAGGAGUUGAACACCAGCUGGCAGAGGCUGUGGGCCCAGGCCAAGCAGAGGAGGGAGAAACUGGAUUCUUCCCACCAAGUACAGAAGUUAGACACCACGCUGCGAGAGCUGCUAGGCUGGGUGCAAGGACUGAAGACUAGGAUGGAGAUAGGAAGCCUUCCCAGCAGUCCUGCUGAGGCCAGACGUCUGAUGGAGGAGCACCAGGAGCUCAAGGCAGAGCUAUCAGCCAGGGCAGAGAGCAUCGACUUGAUUCGAAGCACUGGGAAACAGCUGCUCGGUGCCAGACACCCAGUGGCCCCAGAUGUUUGCCAGACCCUGGCCGGUUUUGAGCAAGAGCUAACCGGACUGGAGGAGAAUUGGCAGGAACAUCGACUCCGGCUGCAGCAGGCCUUGGAUUUGCAGAUGUUCCUGAGCUCCGUGGAGCAGAUUGAAAGUUGGCUCAACAACAAAGAAGCGUUCCUGGCAAAUGAAGAUCUGGGUAAUUCCUUAGCCUCUGUGGAGACCUUACAGUGGAAACAUGAACAGUUUGAGAAGGGGCUAGAGACCCAGCUGGAGAAGAUCAGUGCCAUGGAAAUCAUGGCACUCAACCUGAAUCAGAGCCAGCACCCGGAGGCCGAGUGUAUCACCAGCAAGUGCCAACUGGUGCUUUCAAGGAAGGAGAAGCUGCUGAAGAGAAUCCAGGCCCGACGGCACCAGCUAGAGGGAUUCCAGCAGCUACAGAGAUUCCUACAAGACUGCUGUGAGGUGUCCAUGUGGCUGAGUGAGAAGAACCUUGUGGCCUUAGAUGAAGGUUGGCGGGACCCCAGCACCCUGCAGGCCCAGCUGCAGAAGCAUCAGAGCUUUCAGGCCGAGCUGGAUGCCAAUGUUACCCAGCUUCAGAAAGUACAAACAGAAGGGGAGAAACUGCUGAAGGAGGGGCACCCUGCCCUGGAGACCAUUCAGGAGAGACUGCAAGAGAUAGGAGAUCUCUGGAGUCAGCUGCAGGCCAACUGCCUCCAGAAGGGAACCAAAUUACAGGAUGCUCAUAAGGCCGUGCAUUUCCAGAGGAAAGCCGAGGAGGUGGAAAGGUGGCUGGAGAAUGUAGAAGAAGAGCUUCGGGCUCCACUGGGUGGAGAGGACUUAGCAGGUGUGAAGGAGCUGCUGACCACCCAGGGGGAGCUGGAGGCAGCCAUGGAGGGCCAGGAGGGACCAGUGCAGGCACUGAUGGACCAGGCCCAUGCCUUUAGCUGUGAAGAUCACUUCCUAGCUGGGGAGAUGGGAGAACAGGCCCAGCGGCUGCUACAGAGGUACACAAAUCUGAGAGAGCCCCUCCGGGAGCGCCGGGGGACCCUGGAGUCCAAGAGCCUUCUGUACCAGUUCUUCCAGGACGCAGAGGAUGAGCUGGCUUGGGUUCAGGAGAAGCUGCCCUUGGCUACAGCCCAAGAAUAUGGACAGACCUUGAAUGCUAUUCAGCAACUCCAAGAAAAGCACCAGAACUUGGAAGAUGAGAUCAGCAGCCAUGAGGCUCUGGCCCAGGUGGUGCUGGACACAGGUCACAAGCUGGUUCAGGGGGGGCAUUUUGCUGCCAGUGAGGUGGCUGCCCGGCUCCAGCAGCUGAAAACCGCCAUGGGCAGACUUCAGGGGGAGGCAGAGCAGAGACGAUGGAGGCUUCAGCAAGUUUGUGAGGCCCGGCGGUUUCUAACAGAGCUCCUCGAGGCAGAAUCCUGGCUGUCAGAACGAGGCCAGCUCCUGGACCGUGAGGAGCUGGGGCAGAACGAGGAGACCACUGGGGCCAUGCUGCGGAGGCUAGAGGUCACAAGGAAGGAUCUGGAAGGAUUCUACACUCGGCUUGAAAAGCUGCAGGAGACAGGCACCCACCUGGAGGGCAGACCCAACCCAGACAGCCUUACAGCACUGACCCAUCUACAAACUCUGAGGGAGACCCACAAGGGGUUACUGCAGAAGGCCAAGAUCUGGGGGCGAUGCCUGCAAGAGCAGCAGGACCUUUUUCAGCUGGAGCGGGAGGCCCAGCUUCUGGAUACCUGGUUGUCAGGCAAGCAGGCCACAGCUGAGUCCCAAGACUACGGGCAGGACCUGGAGGAUGUCAAGGUGCUGGAAGAGAAGUUCCAUACUUUCCAAAAGGAAGUACAGACCUUGGGGCCAGCCAAGAUUCAGGGCUUUCUCGAGCUGGCUGGCAAGCUGGAGCAGGCAGCCCCCAGGUGCUACCCCAAGAUCCAGGCUCGAAGGAGCCGCAUCGAGGACUCCUGGGAACAGCUGAACAAGGCAAUGAGGACCCGCGCAGAGAACCUGGUGGCUGCCAGAGAGGUCCAUGGCUUUGAUCAGGCAGUGGCUGAGUUAUGGAGCUGGAUACAGGAAAAGGCCACUGUGCUGGGUCAAGGGGACUAUGGCCACAACCUGUCAUCUGUGCAGGCCCUUCAACGACACCAAAGGAACCUGGAGCGGGAGCUGGUAGCCAUGGAGAAGGAAGUGGGCCGGGUGCGGGCUGAAGCAGGCUGGCUGGGCCGGCUGUACCCGGCCGUUCAGGAAAGCCUGGCCGAGAGACUGGCAGAGGUGCAGGAGUCCUGGAGCGCGCUGGACAAAAAGGCCCAGAAUCGAAGCCAGUGGCUGCAACAAGCUGAACGUGGCCACGUCUUCCUAAGCCGCUGUAGAGAGCUGCUAGGGCUGACCCGAGAGAUGCAGAGGUUAGCGACGUUGGAAGAGCCGUUCGGGGACGUGACCAGGGCGGAGCGACAGUUGCUGCAGCACGAAGGGCUCGGGGAGGACAUUGAAGAACACCGGCUUCUGGUGCAGGCUGCUCAGCGAGAAGGAGAGCAGCUGGCAGGCAGCGGCCAUUUUAUGGCCCAAGAGGUGAAGGAAUGGCUCCAAGAACUGGAAGAGCAGCUGCAGGAAUUGCAGGAAAAGUGGGGACGUCGCCAUGGGCUGUACAAAGAGAACUUGGAGCUGCAGACGCUCCGGCAGGAGCUAGAAAAGGCUGACACUUGGCUGAGCUCGAAAGAGGGCCUUCUCCUGGACCCCAACCUGGGGAACUCGGUGUCGGAUGUAGAAGAGCUACUCAGAAAGCACCAGGACCUCGAGAAGAUAUUGGCCUCUCAGGAAGAGAAGUUUGACCGCUGCAGAGGAAGACUGAGGCAUGAGGCCAAGGGGUGGAAAGGAGAGAACCAGGACCCAAGGCAGAAUAGAGAUGCUCUAGUUACAAGUAAAGAUGGGAACCACAGAGAACCAGGGGUUCUUUGGAGGACUGGGUUUGGGAGAAGACUAUUUCAGCUCAGAGCCCACAACCCAGGUCAAUGGCCUGGUCUUACCCUGGUCUCUAUGCUGGGCCCACAGAUUGACCAGAAGCUUCUGGAGCAGAUAGAAACAGAAGGCUUAAGGUCCAAGACCAUGGAAAAGAGAAGUAGACGAGUCCCAUCCCUCCAGAAGAGGCCCCCAGAAGGCCUGGGGUCAGGAACAAAACUGGCUGACAGGACAAACCUACAGAAGAGGAUCGCCUUCCAGCCUUGGACUCCUUCCACCACCAUCUUCUCCCCAUUGCAAACAGUCAAGCAGAACAUCCCCCUGCAACACUGGGAGUCAAGUGGGGAACAACCCUUGGGGACAAGGGACACCAAUCCUGCUUCCUUCCUAUCCCCUGGAACCAUAUUAGGUCCAAAGGAUCCCCCUACCCUGGAGGGGUUAAAAAAUCUGAAGGAAAAACAAGAGUUUCUACCUUCAGGGAGGCAGCUGGCUGGGAGUCCCUGGAAGAAGUACGAUGGGGCGUUACAGUGGGACCUCUUGAGGCUGAACCCAGACAAGAGAAAAAUACCUGAGGAUGUCGCUUCCCCAGCCCCCCACAACCUCGCAGGAGCCCAGUGCAGAAAGCUGAGUGGCUGCCUUGAACGGGAGGCCACUUUCUACCGGAGUAACAGCUCUGAAAUCCUGCGCCCAACAUCACCAGAAGGACAGACUCGUCUCUCUUGGCAAGUCCCAAGCAGCGGUGCCGCACUUCCUGAGGCCCAAAGAUUAAGCCUAGAACCCAGAGCCAGACCUCUCAGCUCCUUGAGUGGGAACCCUGCUGAGAAACUGCCUAACAAGAUCAUCCUACCCAGAUGGACACCUUCCUUUAAGCUCCAGAGGAAGACUGGACCUUUGGAGAGAACUACACAAGGCUUCAUGCGGCCUCCAGCUCCUGGCCACGUCACUGGACCUGGGACUGCGGAUGAGACAGCGAGGGCUCCCAACCUCAGCACGGAGGAAAAGGAGAAGCUCUAGAAAGACAUUCGGGAGAAACUGUGGUUCAGAAGGAAUGGACACCAGGAAGGAGAACAUCCUGAUGUGCAAUGCUGCCCCACUGACCUUUACGUGAAAUCUGUUCUUUUGAGUGAGGCACAUCCUUGCUUUGCAAUAUCCCAGUCAUGAACCACAUCCCCCCGUAAGACUUAAUGAUCCCUUGUGUUAGGCUCUUAAGUUCGUGACACAUACUUCAUGCAUGUGCAUGACAUCUGCCCCGCUUCCUCAUUAUUGUUUCCUGUGAAUUCUGCUCUCCAGAGUAGAGGCCUGCACCCUAGCCCUGAAGUUUUUUUUCAAAACUUUAAGAAACCAAGAAAAAACAAAACUUUAAGAAAUCCCAACAUAUAUCUUCUUUAAUCCUCACAAGGUUCUGUGGCUCAGAUUGCAAAUGGCUUAACAGGAUAGAGCAGAGCAGGGGUGAGGACAGUGACAAGGCUAUUUCCUACUGAAAUUAAGCUGCUUCUGUUGUCUUUUUGGUUUAACCAGUCCAUGGUGGUGCUGUCUGUAGGCCUCAUGGUUAAGGCAGUGUGGUACAAUUGAAAGAGUCUUGGAGCCUAAGCACCUGGAUUUAAAUCCUGUCUCUGAUGCUUACUA